AUGGGGAGGGAGAGGGCAAGGGAAGGGUGUGGGGCAGGGGGCCGUGGAGGGAGCUUGGUGGAGAGAGGAGAGGGUAGGGGUGGGGCGUCGCGUCCUUCUCAGAGUGUGAGGGAGAGGGAGGGCUGGAGACAGGAGGCAGGUGGUAGGAGAUCAGGAGGGGAAGCAGCGGGAGAAGCAGCAGGAGAGAUGAAUCGGAAAUGGGGGGGAGGACGAGUGGAUGACAAUGAAAAUCAGUUCCUGGCGAAGUGCGCAACUCCCCCGUGCUCUUCCUCCUCCUCUUCCUCUUCCUCCUCCUCCUUCCUCUCCUUUGCCCGCCUCUCCGCCACUCAUCCCCGCAGUAAGCACAAAUCAGUCUCAUCAGAUUUCUCUGCGGAUUUCCAGUUCCAAGUGGCAAGGGCAGUGCAUGAGGUUGAGGCUUACGUAGAUAACCAAAGAAGGUGCGGACGAUGGGGGGCAGGAGGGGCAGUAGAGGAGACAGGAGUGGCAGUGGGGGGAUCAGCAGGAGGCGCAGCAGGGCGGGCAGGAGGAGGCGGAGGGAGUGGAGUGGGAGGAGGGUUGUUGCCUGUAUCAAGCAUGCAUCCGUUUCUUAGUCCGGACGAGAGGCGGUCAGGUCGCAGGCACUGCCGUACAGGCUCUUGGGCUGGUACCAGCUUUGCUGCCACUGCUUUUGAUGCCACUUCUGCUGCUGGAGCAAGUGGGUUGGACGUGAGUGUGAGGGGGGUUGACCCGAUCGGCACCAACGGCAACAGCGCCAGAAGCAGCUUCCGUAGUGCCAGUAUGCGUGAAGGAGGAGCUGUAGGAGAAGGAGGAGUAGGCGGAGGGGGAGGAGGGGGAGGAGGAGGGAGAGGAGGAGGGGGGGGAACAGGGCGAUGGAGAGGAGUGGCGAGUUCGAGCCCUUUAUCUCCAGCCUCGGCUCGUUUCUUCUUCCCCAAGCCAUCCAAUAGCAGCCCUAGCAGGGAAGAGCAUGGCACUGGCAUUGGAGCCAGUAGCAGCAGCAACAGCAGGUCAUUCCGGUCCGUUCGGUCACCAACACUUGAACGGAUUUUCGGGCAGAGGAAACACCGGCGGGCAGGAUCAGCGGAAAAAGAUCUUGGGAGGGGUUUGGCGCAGGAGGAUGAGGAGAGAGCGAGACGUUUGAAGGAAAGACCGCGAAAGACUGCUGCUGACGCGGCUACUGCAACUUGUGGUAGCGCUGCUGCUGAUGGGUGUAGCUUUCUUGAGCUGUCUCCAUCAAAACAAGCCUCUGAAGCACCGCUGCAUGGUGGGCUGAGGGCCACACGCGCACCCCUGGAACGACUUACGCUGCUCAUGCCCUCGGGGAGAGAAGAGCCGGCAGGGAGAAUGGGCAACAACGGUCAUUUCGAUUCCACAGUUGCGUGCUCUGUCUAUGCUGACACUAACCCUGCUGCAGCAGACAGCAGUGGGGCUUCCGUACCCGCUGCGUGUCCUCCUGGAUUUCCGGGAGCAGCAGGUGGAGGGUCAGAAGGGCUCGUGGGGAGCGUGUUGGAUGGUGUGUGUACAGCAUUCACGGCUCCUCCCGCUGCCAACGCUGCUGCUGCUCCUGGGGGGCUAACACCAACCUCCGUACCCGUUCCCUCUCUCUCCCCAUAUUCCUCCGCGCCCCCUUCCCCACGCCGUUCUCUCUCCCCCUGCGCUACCCAUUCCUCCUCCCCAUCCUAUGUCACCCACCUCCGCUCCUCCGCUCCCCCAUUACCUUCCCACCGCUCCAGCCCUUUCUCUCCCUCCUCCUCCUCCUCCUCGCCUUCCUCCUCCUCUUCUGCUCUCAACGUGUCGGGCAUCACUCACGCCGCCUCCCUUCCCGACUUACUCGCCCCGUUCUCGUCCUCCCCCUCAUCGCACCCCCUGAGGCCUGCAAUCCCACACACCCCACCAGCAGCAGCAGUGCCAAUGGCAGCAGCAGCACGUGCUACAGGCCCCGUGGGGUUUCAAGUGCGUGCCCCAAUCAGCCCCUCCGCCCGCCGCCCCCCCAAGUGCGGCUCCUCCCCUCGCCAGCCCAUCGCUCACCCGCUCGCAACCCCCACUCCUAAUGAAUCAGCUGUUAACGAGUCCAGCACUGCAGCAGCUAGUGCUACAGCGGAGUGUGCCCCUCUCCCUGCUCUCCCUGCCCCACCUUCCAGUCUGCCUCCGCCGCUCACGGCCCCACCUAGAAGACAAGGGUCCAGGCGAAUGGUAUCCUUUCAUGCAGUGGUGAAAGUGUAUGAGUUCACAGAGGCAGAGGAUGAGGAGGAAUGA